AUGCAAUCAGCGGGCCCCACAAUUCGCCUCGGAAGAUACUCGACCGCCAUUGACCAAUGGUACUUUGCGCAGGACGGGAAAAUCUGUAUUGGGAAACCGAACUGGCUUGCUUGCAAAGGUGUGUUUUCAGAGGCGAAGAAUCCAUCGCACGAGCGAAUUUCAUUGUCAACAAUCUUUCCCCAUUAUAUGGCGAUUGGCAGGCCCCCGUCGUACAAGGAGCCUGGGAUCGAGUUUCUGGUGGACCAUAUUCCCAAGAACUCGAAUCUAAAGGUUUCUAAUGGGGCAAUUGUGCUGAGACAUGAUAUGACUAAUCUCGGCACGCUGUAUCUAGAGGCCCCUUAUUUUCUUAUUCCGCCUUUUGAUCUGGUCAAGCUCGUAGAGGUUGGCAAGUGUUGCAGCUACUGUGGUGAAACUUUGAAGAUUUACGAUAAGGGUAGACUCAGGGACAAGGAGGCGCAUGAUGUUUCAGAUCAGAAACAUAUGCGAUUUAUGAGCGGGCUGGAUUGUGGAGAUUGCAGCUCUAGGUGGUGCUCGCAAAACUGCAGAAAGCUUGAUUUUUGCCACAGUUUCCUCAACCACCAGCCGACCAACAAAGGGAUGACGAACCAGAUCACAAACUCUCGUGGAGAGAAACUUGUCUUGUUGUACGACAGAUGGGUAAGUUUCAAGAAGGCCAUCCACGAGAAGAGUUUAGAGCUGGCGCACUGUGGGCUUUAUGUUACCUUACAGCUGUUUUACUACCCAGAACUGAGGGAAGGCUACAUGAGCAUGCGGAAUGUGGUAGCAGAACAACGGGACGAGUUCCUGGGCCGAGAGAUAGAUUUUACGACGCUUUACGAAGAAAUGACUGCGUGUUUCAAGGACUUUAAAUUGUCGGAAGACGAAUUUUUAGACUGCUUAUCGAUUUUCAAGCUCAACAAUUACAACAGUGGUGUCUAUCCGUUGACGAGCUAUUUGAGCGAUCCUUCGGGCGAGAUCAACUGCUCAAUUUCUCCAUUUGAAACAAGCAUCGCUCAUGACUACGAAGAUUUCCGGAUUGAUGUUGUUGACGAGCAUAAUGUGACGCUUACAAAACAGCGACAUUUGGAGUCCUACAGAAAACCCAUCCAUACGAGUACCCUGAAGAUUGAUAAGAAGAUAAUUAUAGUCUCCAGCAUGCGCAACAUCAAAAGCUGUGAGAAGCUUGUAGCUGGAGAGUCACACGAAACUGGUUCUGCAUGCUCGAGUUCAGAUAAUUCUUCGAUGGAAAAAAUUACGGCUCCUAUCCCACAUCGAUUUCCUGGAAAAGCACGCAACCAGCGUAAUGCCUCGUUCACCUCUUCAGGAAAUUCGUUCGGGGAAGGCAUCAUAAAAUACAACAGGGACCAAAUUAGAGAAAUGCUUGUCGAAAUGUCUCUUGACUCUGACGAUAGCGAGGCAGAGACGCCUAUUCAGCUCGAAGUCCCUGAACAAUUUGUGAAGCCUCGACGUAAGAGCGUGCGUUUCGAGCUAAAUGAGUCAAGUGUGCAGGUUUGA